AUUUUAAGUAGGUACUUAUUACUCGUUGUUAUUAAUUAUUACCUAGUUGUUAAACUACGGACAGAGGGACAUAUUGGGUGCUUUGUUUCUUCAUAAAGAAACACAAAUAGUUAUGGAUACUGAACAUAAUAAAGCCAAAGCACUUAGUAAGGAUGAAACAAAGGCGUUGCUUUCUUUGAUCGAAGGAAGUGCCAUAAUAACAAAUAAAGCGACUAACGCCACCAACAAUAAGUUGAAAAUGGAAGAAUGGGUUAGAAUAACGACAUCAUUCAACGCCAGUUUUGGGACUUGUCGCCGUACACCGCAACAACUCCGGUUAAAGUGGGAGAAUUUGAAAAAAAACUCACGCAAACGCAAUACUCAGAUACGGAUGAAUCGCAUCAAGACUGGAGGUGGAGCGCCACCUUAUAUACCACCAGAUGAAAUACUGGACAGAGUCGCCUCACUGUUAGGCAGUACAGUGGAUGGCUUUACAGUGGAGUUUGGUGGCGACUCAGAACAAGUGGUAGAUUAUGGUGAUGGUGACUGCAGUGAUGGUGCAAUUAUUAAUGAAGUGGAAAAAGAAUUACCACUAGACAAUGGUGAUGGGCAGGAGGUGCCAUUUCUAGUCGUUAACACUCCAGCAGCUGUUGGACCUGCAUUACCUAAGAGGCUUUUUUUGGGUACUCCCCGAGCCAGUGGUUCUAAGAAAAGGCCAAAACCUGAUGAGGGGUGCAUAAGGAGAAACCUCGCAAUAGCGGAGUAUUAUGAAAAAAAGAAAAUGGUUCUAGAUUGUACAUAUGAGAAAAUCAAAUUAGAAAAUGAAAAACUAAAAUUAGAAAUAAGCAAAUUAAAAGAAAAUAAGGAAUAAAAAAUAAAGUUUUUACUGAUUAUAAAGUUUUUA